AUGGACGUAGCAAUCAUGGAGAGUCCAACCUUUUUGGAUCAUUACAAAUGCCUGUCAUUCUGGUAUCAUUUAUACGGUCGACGCAUGGGAACAUUGAGUGUUUAUGCAACAGAUAGCAGUGAGAAACGUGUACUUCUUACUCAAGUCUCCGGGGAUGUUGGAAACCAGUGGAGAAUGAUGCAAGUUGACCUCGAUGAUGAUGACCUUGAUGUAACUGGAGUAUUCAGGGUAAAGUUUUGCUAUGCAGUAGGGAUGUGCUCUGCCGGAUAUCGGAUGGUACUGGGCUCUACCGGAUAAUAAUCGGAUACUGAUGCUAACUUUUUGUCAUAACAUUUUUCCCGGAUAGUGAACUGCUCCUUAGUAGGGUGCGUUUACUUGGUUCUGUUUUGCCCAGACGGAAAAACGUAGUGAUUGUCGAAGUUGAGAGAAAUUUUUUGAUGUACAAAAAUAAGUACGAAAUAUUUCAUUAUUUAUCUGGUAAAGUUUCUUCUGGCAAGAUCAUUAGGAACUGAUAGAGCUAUCUAGUAUGAAUAUAGUCAGUUUAGAUUAGGUUUCCUCCUAACACCCCCUGUAGUAACACUUGAUCAAUGCGUCUUACUGGACCUCUAUGGAGAAAAGUUUAGAACUGAUAAAUCUAGAUCCGUCUGAUGCCAAAAGUCUUACUUUUACAGUCUAAACUCAAACUCUCUAUGUUAUUUUGUGUUUAGAUAAUAAUCGAAGCAAAGCGUGGUGAAGGCUUCCAAAGUGAUGUUGCAGUUGAUGAUAUUUCUCUGACUAGUGAAAAAUGCAAACUCGGCAAGUUGUUGUAUAUCCCCCCCCCAAUAUCUUUGCUCUUAGGGAACUUACAAGGGACAUUUCAAGCUCUAGAUAUAUUUUUUAACUUAAAUAAAAUACAUGAUAGUGUUGGGAAGGCAUUAAGAUCAGCUAACCAAAGUCUCCUGACUGCCAAUUCUCCUGUACUCUCGUCCUCGUUUCAUCUGGGAUUUAGAAUCGAUAACGGUUGAGCUGCAUCCCUCGCAAUUCAAAUGCACGUAAAAAUGAUUGGCAUAAUAUUUUCAUUUUUAGAAUGUGUUCCUCCGUGCGAGGUUGGGAUGAAAUGUGAUGUCAAAUCUUUACAGUGUGUAUAUGACGGUAUGCCUACCGAUUGAAAUAUUUUUUAUGUGUCUGUUUUACUCAUUGGCCAUGUAGGAUAUUCUCAGUGUACUGUGACAAGGAGAUUAGCAUUCCGUUAAAAAUGCACUACGCUUUUUUAGUAUAAUUUUGUUUACACUAUAUCGGAGUGGUAAUAAUAUUAAUAAUUUUAAUAAUAUUUGUAAUUUUAAUAAUAUUAAUUAAUGAUGAAAACUUUAUUGAAAUAAACUUUUUACCUACAAAUACAAUGGAUGAUGAUUUUGAUCUAGGCAAGAAGAACGAAACCAUUACCAUAGCUGGAACGAGAAUCUUAAAAUGAGUAAAAUUGCAAAGUUUGGUUGCGAAUUGUUGUAAACUGGGGAAAAUAUAGCCCUGUGAAGUUCGCAAAUUUUGCAUGUAUUUGCAUUACGCGCUGGAAAAAAUACCAUUUUUGAGCCGAAAGUGGGGUUAUUUUUACCGCCGCACGUAAUGCAAAUAUAUACAAAAUUUGCCAACUUCAUAGGGCUUAUAUUUUCUUCAUUUUACAACAUUUAGCAACAAUCUUUGCAGUUUUACUCAUUCUAAGACGCUCUUGGAUGUGGUGUUGGAUUUCGUUCUUCUUUGCCUGGAUCAAAAUUUAGUGUGUAGCUGGAAUCACCAUUGCAAAUCUCAUUACUGAUUUAGGUAAUUUACAAUAGACAACUUGCAUGUUAGACAAAUUUUUUAUCUAGCCGAUCUAGGCCAAAAAAAAGUAAAUUCCCGUUAAGAACUUACUAAAAUUAGUAAACUUGCAAAAUUUGGUUGCGAAAUGUUGUAAAGCUCGGAAAAUAUAGCUUUGCAAAGUUUGCAUAUUUUCAGUAUAUUUGUAUUACGUGCGGAAAUUGUUACCAUUUUCGGCUCAAAAAUGGUAACAAUUUCCGCUCGUAAUACAAAUAUACUGAAAAUAUGCAAACUUUGCAAGGCUAUAUUUUCCAAGCUUUACAACAUUUCGCAACCAAAUUUUGCACUUUUACUAAUUUCAGUAUGUUCUUUUCAGCUGUGGUGUCUGAUUCCCUUUUCUCUGCUUAGAUUAAAAUUUUGUCUGACAUGCAAGUUAUCCAUUGGUUAUUACAUGAAUCACAGAUACUACAUACACUGUAAAAACUGAUUGAUUAAAAUAAAAUAACCAAAAUGCUCCCAUUUGCCAAUAUUUUAUUGGUUAAAACAAUCAAAAUUUAGGUUAUUUUAAUUAAUAUAUUGGUUGUUUUUAUAAUAUUAAUAAUUUUAGUAAUUUUAAUAACAUUAUAAUAAUAUUAAAAAUUUAAAUAAUAGUUUAAAUAAUAUUAAUUGUAUUAAUAAUCUGAAUAAUAGUAUUAAAUUAAUUUUAAUAAAUAAUACCAAGAAGUUAAGAACAUAAUAAUUUUAAUAAUAUUUUAAAUUUUUGGUAAUGUAAGGAUAUUUCUCUUUGAUCUAAGCCCUCAAUGUCAACUAUACCGUGCGUGAAACAUGAAUAUACAACGCAAUUUUUCUUUCUAGGCAUUUAUGAUCACCUUUGGACCAUGGACACUCGGCCACCUAGGGACGAUAAAAAUGCCUUUUCAGAUAAUUCUUCUAUGGCGGAUUCAGCGAAUCGAAUACCUGGAGUGAUUGAUCAAGCGAUUGAACAGAGAGGUGGUGUUUCCUCUCUUGCCAGUUUUUCCGAUCAAUGCUUUGUUGGUACAUGUUUCCCAACAUUCACGCUUUCCUUCUGGUUGAAAUACGGGGAGAUCUCAAAUACCUUCUGGGUUCUGCUUGGGUUUGCUCCUCGUUUUUAUAUCGGUCAGAAAAACGAUUAUGCGUUUAAGAACCACUUACAUGUGUGGUCUAACGUUGCAUUGCGCAAAUGUGAAUUCGAAGUAUUUGCUCCAGCCGAAAUAUGGACUCACCUUAUUUUUGUUGUAAAAGAUGAAAAUUUUACAGUAUAUUUGAAUGGACACGAAGUGAAGAACACUACGCUACAAUGCACUUUGUUAUCUCAAGGCCCAGGAUCGGUUAUCAAUACAAGACUUGGGGGUCACAGUAGCGAUACAAAAACGUUUGCCAUAGAUGACUUGAGACUGUUAUUUGAUGCUUUUUCAGUAGACGACACAUUAGAGUAUUACAAAACCAUUACAGGUAUGAUUAUUUAAAUUGGUUGCGACAAUUCACCAUUUUAUUGUGUGCUGCAGUCGUAAAAUAUAGUUACGUCAAUCUAUGAUGUUAUAAGAAGACGUCGUAAAUGUCAAGUCAGAUGACGUCAUGUAAUGUAACGUCAUAAAGUGACGUCGUGUGGUUACAUCAUGAGAUAUUGUCAUAACACGACAUCGUGUGAGGUGACAUCAAUAUAUGACGUUAUCAAAUGAGAUAUCAUAAGAUGGCGUCAUGUGGGAUGACUGCGUAGGAUGUGAUGUCAUCACAUGUGACGUCAUAAUAUGACGUCACAUAUACCGCCUAUGAGAUGACGUCAUCAAAUAUGACAUCAUCGGGUGGCCUUAUAGAUAACUUUUGGAACAAUUUUUCACAACAAUUCGCCACGCAAAUCGUUGCCUAACCAAUCCAAUUUCAUAUAACAUCAUUUGCGUUGCAAAUUGUCGUUAAAAAUGGUCCCGCGUAACCGAGUGUUUAUUCGUGUUUGACAUCAUUACGAGAAAGGCCAAUUGCAUAUAGAUAUUUUGAAGCUGAACGAAGCCAAGAAAGCUUGGAAAUGCACAGAAACGAUUAUUUAAAUCCAUCUGUAUAACUGUAUUAUUAAAAUGGUCUAUUAGGUGACGUCAGACAAUAUAACAACGUACAAUGGCACGUCACUAACUGUGAUGCCAUACGAUGACGUCAUAAGAGAUAUUUGCCUGAAGCGAACAAUUAUCUUCCGUAUAAUCUUUAGGAUAUAAUCAAACUAUUUGGUUUAAAGCAAAUUUAACGACAAUAGCUUGGCAGGAGGAGCUGAGCGAUGAUGAAAGCGACGUCUUCAGAUCAAUGUCUCAAUUUGUCAGCAACAAGGUAUGCAUAAAACCAGGAAUGAAAUGAAUUCUUUAAAUGUUUGCAUGGCGAUAAUAAGAGUAAUGCAAUAUAUGUUUCGUAGCAACAACAAUCUUGAACAUAACCCUUGAGACCAUUUCAGACAAUAUUGCGAAGUUAAUGCACAUUUGACAAGACAAACUUUGUCACCCCUCCCAGUUCAAUGUUAUAAACAACGCCGAAACAACUUUUGGUGAUUUAUCAUGACACAAGCUCAACAGUUUGUCGUUCUUUCAUUUUGUAGGUUAAUGCGACUUUAGGAGAAAGAUCAUUCAUAAACGAUGUCAAUGUACGAAAAUUUAUGUAAGUAUUUGACGACUUUUCGAAUGUUCAUUGGUUAGUGCGUGUGUCUUUUAUCUGUGUGUCCUAGAUUCGAUUUCUGUGGUAUACUGUUGUCUGGUGCUGUGGUGCACCUUCUCUCCAGAUCUUUUACGGUUCCACAAGCGCAGAAGCCCUGGGUACGAGUUUGUUUUUUCCCAGACCGUAAAUUUUUGGCUUUGGAGGAAAUUAAUUUCCUGCGCAAAAAUUCUUGCACUUAUGCCGCAAAUCUGCGUAAAUUUUGCAAAUUAAGAAAAACUGCAAAUAAUUUUUGAAGAAUCUGCGCAAAAUGCCUUUGUGAACCACUUGAACGAAGCAGAUUUCUGAUUUUUCUAUUUGGCAAAAGACACUUUCUGACUGCAGGAUCCCAUGGUCUGCCAUAAAUUGCCUGUGAAAAUAUCUGACAUUUCAGCACAUUUUUCCCAAGGAAAAUAAAAUUUUUCAGUUUGGCAAUGUUGUCUGGUUGUAUUGUCGCUUUAAUCGCAUAAAGGGAGGGUAUGUCCUGCCUUUAAACUUUACCAAAUUCUGCAGAUUUUCUUUGGACCCUCCGAUUUUCUCUUCCACUAACAAUCAAAAAAGUUAAUUGGACAAAUUAGACGUGAUCCUUAGUGUACCUCUAGAGAGGACAGUUUAGAACUGACAGAGCUAUCUGUUAUAAUUACAAUUUGUUCAGUUUAAGUUUCUUCCCAUAGUAGCACUGUACCAGUAAGGGAUGACUUACUUUAUCUCGUGGGAGAAAUGUUUAUAUCUAGUAGAAAUAAAGUUAAUUGUCUUCCUAUUUUCCUCUAGGAAACAAAGUAUCACAGUUGCUGAAAUAGACAUCGUUUACCACAGUGUUUCAUACUACGAUAUUCUUCUGCUUGAAGAAGCUAUUUAUGUGAACAACACGCUCGAUGGCUUGCAAGUGAAUGGCUUGGAAAUUGAUUCGAACUCUGGUAAUUAUACGUUAAAAAUGUUCAUAUAUCUUUUGAUCUCUUGCUUAAUCAAUUGGUAAUCAGCAAAGCUUGCCAUAUUUACUACAGUAUAUAAGAAUGGAUAAAAUUCGUGUUGGAAAGUGAUAUGUCCUUAAAAAAUAUUGAAGCAACAACAUUUUGAUGGAAGCGAGUAGGAUUAGGAAAGAGCAAAGGAUUUUCUAACAAAACAAUUGUCCUUUAUCUUACUGCAUGUACAGGAUGUAUAAAAAAAAACGCAACCUCGCAAUUUCCUGAGAAAUCCACCUUGCAAUUCUUAAGCAUAAAAGAUUUAAUGGGCCUCUGGGAAUUGAAAUCGAAUUGCUAAUAUAGAUCAUAUUACUGUUUUUGUUGAAUGUUCCAGGGCCCCGGAGGGGGAGGUCGACGUUAUGUUUCCGAAAACUAUGUCCGAUUAAAUAAAUGCAUACAUUUUGUUUUACACUGCGUGUGCAGCAAUUCUCUGAUAGUUGUGUUAUUUUAAAUCCCCAGGCACCCAAAAUCCUUUUAUCCUUAAAACAAUGUCGAUUUCUGGGAAAUUCCGAGGUUGCGUUUUUUUUAUACACGUGCCCUAUAUUUGUAGCCUACUUUUAUUUUAUAGAUAAGAAUCACUUCUUAAGAAAGCUAAGAAUCACUUCUUAAUGUUUGUUUGCCAGUGGACAAAUUUAAUGUUAUAAAUACAAUGAAAAAUACAGAUUUUGAAGUGCAUGGAAAUAUAAUAUUACUUUUGUGUUAAAGAAAGUAGUGAAUGGUAUAUAUUAUGGCAGGGAUGGAUCCAGCAUGAUCUGGUAGGGGGGGGGGGGAGGCUUUGCCAGCUCUGGUGCUGAGUUGUGCCACCCGCCCAUCAACUUGCUUCACUACUGCAAAGUCUUUCUUGACUACUGUGUUUGAAUUGUAAUUGUUGUUCACAGUUUGCUUAUCAUCAUGUUAUUACUCAAAUUACUGUAUCUCAUUUUGUCUCUAAUAAUUUUUUGCUUUAUCAUGAAAAACAGCACCCCCCUGCACCCCCUCUGACCAGGGCUAGCCCCCCCCCAGUAAAUCCAUCCCUGUAUUAUGGUAAACCUUGUAACACCCACCUGAGCUCCAACAACCACACUUUAGUUUGAUCAUAAUUUUCCCCUUAUAUAUUCCAGUGCCCAACAACGGUCUAGAAAAUCAGCUCACUGGAGUUGGACUGAACGCCACAUCCCUAUCAGUUACCUGGUCGCCAAUAUUUCCAGGAAAUGUCAACGGAGUUUUCCAAGGAUACAAGAUACUAUACACAGAGACUGAAAACGCGAGUUAUACUGAAUAUGUGUCUAAAACUAAGUAUGCUAACUACACAGAGGAGAUUAUCGAUGGUCUUGAGCCUCUGACAAAUUAUACUUUGAGAGUACUUGCAUUUAGUCUCAGUGGUGACGGACUGCUUAGUGAUCCUGUUUUCGCUUUGACACUCGAUGGGAUACGUAUGUAUUACGUUUUUGUUCAGUAUUUGAAUAGUAUUACAGUACGUAUUUCACAGGUAGGUGGGUAGAUAGGAAGACAAUUGGUAGAUAGUUAGGUUGGUAAGUAAGGUAUAGGUAGGUAUGUUGAUUGGUUGGUCAUUUAGGUUGGUAGGUUUGUUGGUUGGUUGGUAAGGUAGGUUGGCAGGUGGGUAGAUAGGAAGGCAACUAGUAGGUAGGUAGGUUGGCAAGUAAAUUAGGUAGGUAGGCAGGUUGGUAGGUGGGUAGAUAGGAACACAAUUGGUGGGUAGAUAGAUAGGUUGGUAAGUAAGGUAGGUAGGUAUGUUGAUUGGUUGGUCAUUUAGGUUGGUAGGUUUGUUGGUUGGUUGGUAAGGUAGGUUGGCAGGUGGGUAGAUAGGAAGGCAACUAGUAGGUAGGUAGGUUGGCAAGUAAAUUAGGGUAAAGUAGGUUGGCAGGUGGGUAGAUAGGAAGGCAACUAGUAGGUAGGUAAGUUGGUUGGCAGGUAGGUAGGUAGGUUGGCAAGUAAGUUAGGUAGGUAGGCAGGUUGGCAGGUGGGUAGGUGUGUAUGUAGGAAGGGUAGAUAGGUAAGUAGGUAUUUAGGUAGGCAGGUUGGUUGGAUGAUGGGUUGGUAGGUGGGAAAGUAGGUAGGUUGGUGGAUUGGUAGGUGAGUAGAUAAGUAAAUAGGUAUGUGGGAAGGGUAGGUAGGUAUGUAGGUAUUUAAGUAAGCAGGUAGGUUGGAUGGUGGGUAGGUAGGUUGGUAGGUGUGUGGAUUGGUAGGUGGGUAGAUAAGUAAGUAGGUAUGUAGGAAGGGUAGGUAGGUAAAUAGGUAUUUAGAUAGGUGGGUUGGUAUAAUAGUGGGUUGGUAGGUGGUUAGAUAAGUAGGCAGGUUGGUAAUUAAGUACAGGGCCCGGUUGUACGAAGACCGGAUAGCGCUGUCUACCGAAUAGUAAUUUUUUCAACCCCGUUGUAUAAAUGUCAAUAAAAUUAGGAAUAUGGACCUCACAAUUAAUAAAAGAGAGUUUAAUUUAUAAAUGGUAAAGCUUAAUCUUGAUUAUACCAAUCAACAGGCUAUUUUAGAAAGCUUGAAAAUAUAACACUAUCCGAUGGAUAGCGCUAUCCAGCUGUUGUACAACUGGCCCUGGUAAAUACGUAGAUAGAUGCUCUAAUUUAGUCGUAUAAUCGUCUUACAUAUAAUUACUGACUAUAACUUUCCUUCAUUGCAGCCACUGAGAGUCCUAAUAUGACUGUGGCUAACAUCACUUCAACAUCUAUAUAUUUAAACUGGACCCUGUUACCAAUCUCAACCGAUGAUUACAAACAAUUAGUUGGUUACAAAAUGUCGUACUGGAAAGAGUCAGAAGAAUCUAAAGAAUUCAACAUGACAUUUCCUCCGCAUGUCAGUGAAAUAUUAUUUGAGAACUUAGAGAAAUGGACUGUAUAUUGCUUCAGGAUUGCCGGCUUUACUAUGGCCGACUCUGGUCCCAAUGGCACAGAAUGUUUUCGCACAUUAGAAGAUGGUAUGUUGAAACUUUUACCAACUCCUGAUAUUAUUUUUGAUAUGACUAUUGGUAGUGGUAGUAGUUGGAUCAUUCCAAAAAGAAUAAUGAGUGCAAAGUGUCCUUAGGAAAAAAGAUGUAAUGUCUCUACGGUUAAAAAUCAGCCGGUUUUUUCCAAAUACUUUACCAAACACUCAGGGCCGUGCUAACCGGUAUCUGAUUGGGUAUGAAAAAAAUUGGGGCCCCCUUCCAUUCCAGGGCCCGGGGGGGUCGACGUUAUGUUUCCGAAAACAAAAGUUCCCAAAAUUUUUCGCAACACAACAUUUCCCAGAAAAUAAUUCAGCGAAUUAAUUUUCCAUAAUUCAGCGAACAAAUCCUUAAUUUCGCAAUUCCAGGAUGCCAGGGCUCACUUCCCACAAGUUGGGCCCCCUUUUUUACUUUUUUUGGGUGGUGUUAUACCCUCACACCCCCCAGGUGUUCCGGGCCUGCAAACACUGCAGGUUUUUUCCAGGUAUACUCUGGUUUCCUCCUGUUAAUAGUCAUCCCUGCUCCAUUGUAACUUGAUUAUUUCUAUGUAAUUCUAGUACCAGAACACCCACCUUCUAACGUCUCGGCAAAACAAGUAACCACAUCAUCAAUUGAACUCGAGUGGUCACCACCUCCAGAAGUGCCAGGGAUCGUACGUUAUUACAAUAUCAGCUACCGUGUCCUGAAUAUCAGUGACAGUGAAGUGGUUGAAUUGACAGCACCAGGCAAUAGAACAUCUUACUCAAUCGAAGGUCUUACUGGUCUCAUGUUGUGUGAAAUCAAUAUAACGGCGUUCACUAUUGGUGCUGGACCAUCUCAAACCAUCAGAGUUCUCACACAUGAAGGAGGUAGGUUUCUGUUACAAGUUAUUGACCAUUGUCGGUUGUUAAUACAUGUAGUUUAGAAACUACGUAGGUCAAAAUCUUUUUGCUAUCUGUUUGUCCAUGUUAACGGAAACAUUGUCUAGAACAUGGUUAGAAACAAUGUUUCCUGGUUUGUUCACUUUCGGAAAACAUAGCUACGAAACAAUGUUGCCUAGUUUGCCCAACUUCUAGAGACAUAGAUAGGAAACCAUGUUUCCUGGUUUGCCUACCUUCGGGAAACAUGGCUUGCAAACCAUGUCGCCCACCUUUGGAAAACAUGGCUAUCAUUUAAAGGUUGAAGGAAAUCAUUCAAACGCUCGUGCAUGCUAUUAAAUUUUAUUUAAAUGUUUCCAACUGUGCUUGGAGUUUGUAUGGUUUCCUAGCCAUGUUUUCCGAAGGUGAACAAACCAGGGAACGUCUUUGGCAAACAGUCAACUCAGGCUAUGUCCACUACUAUUCUGUCAUGGGUAACUCGGCCUCGUUGUCUAAUUGUUAAAUGUUCCCUGGUUUGUCCACCUUCGGAAAACAUGGCUAUCAAACAAUGUUCUUUGGUUUGCCUACCUUCGGAAGAAGAAGAAGUAGAAGAAGAAUUUAUCCACCGACCAUAAAAUCAUUACAUUUACUUAAUUAGUAUAGUAAGUGUGCGUAUCGUCUGCCUUAAAUAACCACAAGGACUAACUGAAUUGGGCAGAAUUAGUUAACUGAAUUAGAAAAGUGAUAUAGGCUCUAGAAAUAUUUUCAACCUUAAGUUUGGUCUCAUUUUCUUGCAGUUCCUCUGGCUGCACCAAAUAUAAGUCUGGUGAAUAUCAGUUCGACUUCAAUCGAUAUGAACUGGACAGCGCUACCUUGGGAUCUUCACAAUGGAAUCUUACUAGGAUAUAGGACCUGGAUAUCGAAGGUAGAAACAGGAAAUGGAGCUGUCCAGACGCCGACCUUACAAACUUUUUCUCCAAAUGAAUUUUAUAAGCACAUGAUGAAUAUGUCGAAAUGGACUACCUAUUGUGCUCAGGUCGCUGCGUUCACCGCUGUUGGGAAUGGCCCAGAGUCGGUAAAAGAAUGUACUCGAACUUUUGAAGACGGUAAGUGUUGAUACCAUAGUUAAUUGAUGGAAUUCAGUGUAGCAUGGUGGGAGUAACAACUUGUAACAAGCUUGGUGGCAUUAUCAGACUUGGUACAAGGUUGUUCUAACAAGUCUGAUACAGUCAUGAUAUUAUUUGGGAGUCACCUUUGGUCCCAAACACUAUAGGUUUUCCUACCAAAUACUACAAGAACACGCAAUAAUCUCACAUCUUGUAGCAAGUCUGCCAACAAGCCGUCAACAAGUUGUGUUCGCACUGCUUGUCCCACGUUUUCAACAAAUUUGGAACAAAGCUGUUAACAACUUGUAUCAACCUUGUUGAUACUAUCAGACUUGUUGCAAGGUUGUUCCAACAAGUCCGAUACAGUCAUGAUAUAACAAUAUAACGAUAUUGUUACAACCUGGUGUCGUCAACCUUGUGACAUUCUUGUUAUAUCAUGACUGUAUCAGACUUGUUAGAACAACCUUGUACCAAGUCAGAUAAUGCCAUCAAGCUUGUUACAAGUUAUUAACAGUUUGUUCCAAACUUGUUACAACAACUCGGAACAAGCAAUGCGAACACAACUUGUCGACAGCUUGUGAACAGAUUUGUAACAACUUCUUUGCAGACUUGUAACAACUUGUGCGUUUUUACGUGUGUACUAUUAUUUGUGAGUACUAUUUACUUCACUAAAUUACUCCUUCAUUUGUUGGUAUCCAUUUUUGUUGCGCGUUUUGCUAACUCCAGCUGACCAACAAGGCCCAGUCGAAUGGCGUGAGACAGACUAAUGACAUGGAGAAAUCUUCCACACAAUUCUAAAGUUUAAUGUAUUUUAUGAUAUUUCAGCUCCGGAAGAAGCGCCGAGAAAUUUUAUUGCCGUCGAAGUGAAUAUCCACUCAAUCAAAGUGGAGUGGGAACCUCCACCAGCUGCCUCGAUACCUGGCGUAGUUCGAUUGUACAACUUCACAUAUCGAAAUCUGAAUUACACUAACGAAAAUCUAACUGUUCUUGAAAUCGAACACAGUUACGAUUCGCUUGUUUUGGAACGCUUACAUGGACUGACUCUUUAUGAAAUUAAUAUCACCGCAAUCACCAUUCUACCAGGUCCAUGGAGAACGCUGUUUGUUCUGACUGAAGAAGGAGGUUGGUAAUGAUCGCACCUUGGGCAUUCUGAAGAUUUACCCCAAGUGAAUAUCAUGACGGGCAAAUAAACGUUUUAUCUUGCUUGUCCGAUUGGGCAAGUUGCCUUGCCACAAAAGCUGGGCAUAUUUAAUUAAGUUUAUGUUUUCAUUGUCGGAUAAAUUUUUUAUAGUGCAUGGCACUUGAUUCAAAUUUUGUAUUUUGUGGGCCAAAGCUAGAUCUGAGGCAGUAUAACAUAGCCAUAUAGAGCAAUGGGAGAACGGGUCGACAUGCUGUUCCAUUAAUUUAUACCCCCUACCUAGGUACCCCAGUGACCAUUGUCUGAUGGCAAGUAGUGAAUUUUAUUCAGGGCAGCUAAUUUUCAUGUCCAACUUGCCCUGAGGGCAAGUGGUCAAAAAAAGUAAAGUUACACAACUGUUUACCCCCAAAAAAGCUCACGAUAAGUAUACCUGAGCUUACCGGCUACUUUAUCGCUGUGUGUGUUUUUUUCGGGGGAGCGAAGGUAACGAUUCUGAUUUUCAGAUUAGAAUGACAGUUCAUAAAUACUUCUCAGUCUUCACAGAAAAAGUAUAGAUUUCUCGAGCAAAGGUCCUUCCCAUGGCUGCAAAAUUUACGGAGCCACAUGGAGCGAUGCUCCACAUUUAAAUGGGAAAAUAAGCGAUUUCAAAACUUUGAAUUAAGAAUUCUGGAGUUACUGGUCAGCUCCAAAACCAUGUGGAGAGUUUGUUCCUUUCCUAGCUGUAAACGCCAUAUCAAGGUGACAGAGUGUCUAUAAAUCUCUAUAAGAAGUAAAUUUGAUUUGCAUACAUAACACAAAACAUAAAAAAGGACUCAAAGGACUCUGCUAGUGGACACCGAGCUUUAACAUUGUUAUCAUGUGUUUGAUAAUUUGGUAGUCUCGGCCUAAUACUUUGGUCGACAACACCAAUCUCAAACUUGCCAAAAUAUCAAAUAAAACUCGCCCUAAUCAUUGUCUUUGUAUUUCAGUUCCUGUGAUUCCUCCACCAAGUAUAAUAUGGUACAACGUCAGUUCAACGUCCAUCAAAUCAACCUGGAAACCAAUCCCCCCACAUUUACGUAACGGCAUUGUGAUUGGAUAUAACAUGUCGUUUUGGAAACAGUCUAAUCCGCAAAAUGUCAUGAAUGUUACCGUCAGCGACGAAGUCAAGAUGUUCCGGUAUCUGGUGAAAUGGACAAUCUAUUGUGGACAAGUUGCUGCAUUUACGAGGAUUGGCGAAGGUCCACGAUCACAAGUCCAGUGUAUCCGGACAUCUGAAGAUGGUAAUUAUUAUUAUCUUGUGAAACCCUGAGAAAACUGGGAAACAUUUUUGCGGAAAUAAUUUGAAAAAUUUCGAUGUUCCCACGCUCUCUAUACUUUUCUGUCCGUUUUCAUGUCCUCCAUCUGUUCCUUGAUCUUCUUUUGCACAAAUCCGUCCAUCUCUUCCACAGUCUCCCUGUCUUCUUUCCUCCUUUAUCUCCAGCUCCAUAAUAUCUUUGACCAGCUUUCCUUCAUUCCAUCUUUCAUCUCAGACUUGUUUCCCUCAUCUUCUCUGCAAUGUCUACCACGCCACAUAUUUUGAUAUCUUCAUUCCAUGAUGUUUUUGACCAGCUCUUUUUCUCUUCUUAUUUCAUGUCUAUGCCAUCUCAACCUUGCUUCCCUCACCUUCUCAGCAAUGUCUACCACCCCACAUCUUCUGAUCUGUUCAUUUGAUAAUGCAUCUGAGGGCUCUCCUUCAUCUCUUCUUAUUUCAUGUCUAUGCCAUCUCAACCUUGCUUCCCUCACCUUCUCAGCAAUGUCUACCUUCUCAGCAAUGUCUACCACCCCACAUCUUCUGAUCUGUUCAUUUGAUAAUGCAUCUGAGGGCUCUCCUUCAUCUCUUCUUAUUACAUGUCCAUACCAUCUUAACCUUGUUUCCCUCACCUUAUCUGCAAUGUCUACCCCCCCCCCCUCAUCUUCUGAUCUCUUCAUUUGAUAAUGUAUCUGAGGGCUCUCCUUCAUCUCUUCUUAUGACGUGUCCGACCCAUACUAUCUCAGUCUUGCUUCCCUCGUCUCUAAAAUAUUUACCACUACACUUUUUUAAGACUUCAAUUGUUAUCAUUAAAAGAAAACUAAUGGCUUCAAAUUAUUCAUUACUUAACUAAAAUAAUUCGUUGGAAUCUCACGUUUUUUUUCACUUGAAUCCGAGAAUCGGAAAUGACUCUCCUGUUUUUAUUACAUCUCCAUAUCAUCUCACAUUUGCUUCCCUCGCUUUCUUUACAAUACUUAGCUCCCCACAUUUCUUUUGAUCUCUUCAUUCCACAAUGUCUCUGGCCAGACCUUCCUUCAUCUCAUUUCAUUUCAUUUCAUUAUGCAUCCAUGCCAUCUCAAACUUCAAUUCCCUCAACCUAAUCCGUUGGAACUUUGUGUUUUAACUAGAACCUGAAACUUCGCCCUUGAACUUGAAUGGAACAAAUACGACAUGGACUUCAUUUUACCUUACUUGGGAUCCAAUCGAUUCAGAAUUUAUCCCUGGCAUACUGAGAUCAUACCGAGUAACAUAUGAAAUACAGGAUCCUGGUUUUCACCAAGCGUAUGAUGGCUCUUUCUCGGUCGACAGUCACGACACUUCGGUUAACCUUACUGGAUUGAUAGGGUUGACCAAUUAUAAAAUAACAGUUCAUGGUUAUACUGUCGUGGGUGGUCCUGUCGCUGAGGUGUAUUUGAAGACCAAGGAAGGAGGUGAGCUAGUUAGCUAUUAGUUAGUUGAUAGUAGGUUCAUUAGUUUGGGUAAUUAGCUAAUUACUUGUAUUUGGGAGUCAGGUUUAGUCUGAUGGUUGGUCAAACCAUUUAUAUUUCUGCACGUUUACUGUAUUACCGUGGUAUCAAGUCAGCAAAAUUAAAAUAUUGUAGACUCCUAACUCAAUCUGAACAACCUACAAAAUGUAUGUAACAAACGUUAGAUCCAGAGUAGGUUGUAUCAUACAAACAUCGAUAGAAUUUUUUUCAAUAGAACUAAUUGUGGAAGUAAAAAUCCAUCUACUGUGGAACCUAUCUACUAUAUGGAAGAUUCCAUCUACAAGACCCUAUCUACUAUUAGUUCUACUCUGUAGCGCUGCAACGGAAUCGCAGGACAACAGGUUCGAUUUCCUGUCAGAGGGCAGUAGUAUAUAUGGCAGUAGCAUAUAUGAUAAGGCCAAAAAAAUAUAUGUGGGUUUCCGGUUUCUUCUUAUAAAAACUUAGGCCUAGUAGGUCGGUUUUAACUUUUUUUUUUAACUUUUUUUUUAAUUUUCCGAAAAAGCGGACGCCAUUUUGUUUAGUCAGUGCUUCCACAUCCAAAGAUAAAUUUUCCUAAUAUUGCCUCAAAUUUCAAUUUUCCACAAAGUUUUUCCUCUAAGUGGAAACACUUACAAGCAUGAUCCAAUAAAAAAGUUUAGGGUCGGGAUUUCGACGUCCAAAAGCUAGGUAGGGUCGGGAAACCGGAAACCCACAUAUUUUUUUUUUGGCCUAAGCUGCUGCGGUUGGUAUUUGAAACAUAUGAAAACUAUAUAUCAUUCUGAUGUGUCUCGAACGGCUACCGAUUCCAUUUCUGCCGGCAAUAGCGGACAAUCUUGAGCAAUGAAUGUAUUAAUAAUUUACUGGUAUGAUCUCACAUUAAAAAAUGUUUGAGGCGAAAGCAGGAUUAUUCAUGUUGAGUUUUGGACGCUCUCUGGUUUAAAAUAUAUAUUUAUUUCACAAGCAUUCUCCUCCCAGACUGCAGUCUUUAACGGUCUCAUUGUUAUCUCACUCUUAAAGUGUCUAUGACACGAAAUUUCACCCCAAAUGUUUAUGGUUGCAUUGUAAAGAUCACUUAAAGUGACUUAAUAAUUUCUUUUAUAGAAUUUUGGUAACUUGCUUCCUUUGCAAGAUAUUCAACUUUGUUUCAUAUGCAAAUAUCACCGGUGUGACAUCACAUCACGUAAUGAGUUUUCAGAAAAGUAUAGUUUUCUUGACGAAUACGUAUCUAAAAAACUUAAAAAUUGCCCUUGUAUAUGUAUUAAUUUUAUAACUGGUAAUUAACCCUCUCUAUUUGUUUGUAAAAAUAUUUUAUCAAGGUAAAAUAUUGCGUUUUCAAAAUGUCAUCAUGCGAUGUGAAGUCACACCGGUGAUAUUUGCAUAUGAAACAAAGUUGAAUAUCUUGCAAAGGAAGCAAGUUACCAAAAUUCUUAUAAAGAAAUUAUUAAGUCAUUUUAAGUGAUCUUUACAAUGCAACCAUAAACAUUUGGGGUGAAAUUUCAUGUCAUAUAGGCACUUUAAAUACCCAUUGAAGACUACGGUCUGGCAGUUGAAAGCUUGUGAAAUAAAUAUAUAUUUUAAACCAGAGAGCGUCCGAAACCUCGAACUCACAUUACUUGAUAUCGUAUUCAAUUUUAAUAUUGUUAUAUUCAGUUCCAACAUCACCACCAGAAGAAAUCACCCCCACCGAAAUCACAACAACAACAAUAGCUCUCUCCUGGAAAGAUAUAUUUCUUCCUGAAAGACAUGGCCUCGUCAAGGGGUAUCGAGUAACGUACAACAAAUUAGAGAGAAGAAGUAAACGAGAAGUAGAAGAGAAAACACUUACUUUUGAUGCAGAUACCCACACGGCAUUCCUGUUUAAACUUGACCCGUACACCAACUACAGUUUCACUGUGGCUGGCUUUACUUCACAGGGCAUGGGACCCAAGAAGUAUUUUCUUAUUCAAACGGAGGAAGGCGGUAAGGGUUUGCAAUAAAUUUAGUUAAAAUAUAGUACAAAACCUGCAUAAAAGAACCAGUGAGUUAAGAACCAUGUGUCUGAAAUUUAGGCAUCUAAGCACCCAACAUACAAAAACCACUUCGGCUGACAAGUGAGAAUAAGGAAACAAAUUAUUAAACGAGGAAGAACUGUUUUUGACCAGAAAUAAGGACCAUGAUAUUUGCUGUGACGGUGUAGUGUACUCAGGUGAAUAAGAUACUUGUGAUGUUACUCUGAGUGUAUUUCCACACCGGGUAGGCUUGAAAAAUAUGCCUGACCACGGUGGGAAUCGAACCUACGACCUUUGGAAUACUAGCCCAAUGCUCUGCCAACUGAGCUACGCGGUCAGGUCGGUUCGAGUAUGUGAUAUUUCGGAACUGAGUCUAGUUCCUUCGAUAUCAGUGUAAUCUAACCGACACAGCUAGUUUCUCAUUACGUACCCAUUAUAUAAGAAUCACUUUAGCCUGACAUAAAAAAUCGUGGUUCUUUUAUGCGGGUUUUUAAGACUGGUUCACACUACCAAAAUUUCUGUGAUCACAGUAGGAAUUUUGCAUGGGUAAAUUCUACGUUUUGAAGGAUUUAUAAGAAGUGUUUGAGGGAACUGUUAAAUACUGAGUCAGUUUCCUCAAACAUUUCUUGCAAAUCCUUCAAAACAUGGAAUUUACCCAUGCCAAAUUCCUAUCAUGUGAUCACAGAAACUUUGAUAGUGUAAACCAGGCUUUAUUGUACAUAUUCAAAGCAUGUAUGCUAUUUCCAGGGACGCCGGAACGAUGUGAAGGAAAGGGGGGCAGAUUUUUGUGAAAGGGCACUUUUGAAUUGAUAUAUAUGUAUACUAAGAGAUGUUUGCAAAACAUCGGGAGUUGAACUUCGCCCAAUCAUGUUUUCUAUUUAUUGGAUGAUAGGGGUGUGAGGGAGUUUUUCGCCAGGCGAUUGUGCUAUUCUUGAAGCUCGAUGACUGCAUUUCUUGCGUUUUCUGAAGCAAAUUCGUAAAAAAAUUGCACUAACAUUUCUGACAAUUCGCUAUUUCGCCAAGGCAAUCCUUUAAAUUGAAAGGGCACCUUUGCCCCCCUUGCCCCUCCUGGUAAAGGGCAACAGGGGCGGCUGCCCCUCCUGCCCCCCCAGUUCCGGCGUCCCUGGAUAUUUCUUAUGUGUACACCUUCAAUAUAUAAAGAACAACAUUGCAACUUUAGAUCAACUCAGUCUCAUGUACACAUUGCAAUAUUAAAACAUUGGAUCGUGAAGGUAUAUCAAAUUUCUAUUUCAGUGCCCGGAGUUGCACCAAAAGGUUCAUACGGCGUAAACUUCACAGGUCCCACUACAAUUUUCAUGGGCUGGGGUUCCUUGAGUACAUCAGAGCUUCAAGGUCGUUUAGCUGGCUACGAAGUAAGGUACAGAGAAUUCUCAGUGGCAGAUGAAAUAUUAGAGAAUCCAGGACCCGAGAUAACCAAAUUUAUACCUUCGGAUAUUAAUGGGGUGAGGUUGACUGGGCUCGAGACUUAUACAACCUAUCAAGUCCGAGUGGCGGCCGCCAGUGGAGGUGGUCGGGGUGUAUUUAGUGGUAUUUUGUAUAUAGGUAAGUUGGUUUUAUAUGUGGCUGUAAAGGUACAAUAAUACUCUCCUAAACAAUCGCAUGUAUUCUUCGAAAACGUUCGUUUCUUCGUGUAGUAACACUGCUCUAAUAAGGGAUGGCUAUUAUUGGAUCUCCAGGUAGAACUAUCCAGUAUAAAUAAAGUUAGUUUAAUUCAGUUAUUUCCUGUAGUAACACCCACUGGACCUCAAGGAAGAACAGUUUAGAACUGACAGAGCUAUCUAGUAUAUACAAAGUAAGUUUAGUUUAGUUUAGUUUUCUUCCUGUAGUAGUACUGGAGCCAUAAGGGAUCACCUCACCGGACCCAUAUACAGGAGAAUAAUUAGAAGUGUUAGAGCUAUACAGUUUAAGUUAGUUGCAUCUCUUCCAUCCGUUUAAGUUAGUUCAGCUAACUCUUGCCCAGACCGUUUAAGUUAGUUGUCCAUACUAUAAGAGUGGAACAGAGUUGCUGUAACUUGCCGCAAAAUCUGUUUCAAACACAUGUUCACUAUAAACGUGUACCAUAUAAAUUGCAAAAGAUGGCAAAAUUGGUUAUUAUUCCGGUAUUCUACCAGGAUGAAACCAAAGCGCACAGACAAAAUAGUUUCCAGUGAGCUCUAUAUAUACUGGAACAUGAACUCCAGUCAUUCGGCCUAUAAAGCCCUGGGCAAACUAGGUAACAUUGUUGCGGAAACAAUUUUUCCUGCCAAUGUUUCGCCAUGUUUCCCAGAGUGGGCAAACACUAGGAAACAUUAAUGAGAAAUUAACAUAGGGAAACAUCAAAUGUUUCUGAAUUUGGUAGGAAACAUUUUUGCUUCCCGGGAAGCAAAUUUUGUUUCCGCAACAAUGUUUCCACGGGUGGGUAAACAUGGAAACAUUUGAGGAAACAUCGAGAAUCACAAAUGUUUACGCAACAAUGUUUCCUAGUUUGCCCUGGGCUUAAGAAAAGUGAAGUCAACAUGACGGAAUUGACGUCCAAUAGCUAUGAAGGUCGUAAAUAGUUUUAAUACCAUCUAAUUCCAGGGUUUUUUUCUUACGGACCGUAUCGCUAAUCGAGUUAUCAGGUCUUGAAACCAUGGUAUUGUUUCUUUAAAUCGAAGUCAAAGUAUGAAUUUUCGGUACACCCCUUGUAGACCGCGCAGAAAAAGCAAUAGAAAGGGACUGAAUCUGACUUCCAAUAGUUCCAUCUUUGGCUUCUCACUUUUUGGACUCCAAUUCUCACUCCAGAUAUAUAUAUAUAUAUAUAUGGAGCUCUUGAUAAUUUCUAACUGUUCCUAAUCUGUUUUUCCAGCCACAUGUCGCUGCCACAAGAGGUUGACCACUAACUACUGGAACUUUCCACCGUACACCAAUAUCAGCUCAGGUCAGAAGUCCGAUCGGGGAUUCUUCCCUUACCUCCUGGACAUGGUAACUUUAUCCUGCUGUCAAAACUGCCUUGAACAUGGCACCUCCGAGGUCGACUACUUCCGUGAUGGACUAGGAAACAACCCUGUGAGAGACUCUGAUAUCGAUGUUAAAAGAAGUCUAACUCUAGAGACUGAUUACAGUUUUCCUGUGUAUGGCUACAACGGACAGACCACAUAUUCGAAAUACUAUGGAUUUGCUUCCAUCAUGGACAUCGUAGGGACAGUUUUCUUCACGCUGAAACCUGACUAUAGUGUGACCCAAGGAAAAGUAUUAUUGGCAUCUGUUUUGUCCAUUGUGCCAUUUCUGGCAAUAGCUGUGCUCUUUGCUUAUAUUGCUGGUGUUAUUAUGUGGGCAUUGGUGAGUAGCAUAUAGCAGUCUGGUUAUCAUGAUGAAUAUAGUACCGUAGAUAAUGUAUGCUUGGAGUGUAGGUUUAGUUUAUUGUUUAAUGAGUUUCUCACCAUCCUCGUUGCCAGGGCCUCACGGCCGCGCGCAACCUUCAUAGACCCUGGGAUACACGGAACCGGAAGUGCAAGAAAACUUGCAGUCGUUUCUAAAGCGCAUACUCUUGAAUUGGGAUGCUUCAGCACCCGUAACAAUUUCCACAGAGAAGUAUUACGAAGAAACGAAGUAUUUGUGUUGACAUAUUUUGAUAGAAAAAUUUCUCCUAGCAAAAAUUGCUCAACUUCUGGGAAAUAACAUAUCUCUGAGAAGCCAAUCAGACCUCUCCCUUUAGUCGUUUAACCCAGAGCCUGAUUUUCAACGAGUGACUGAGUGAAAAUGGCACUGAGGCAAUGAUUUCAGCUGCAGAAGAAAUUUCGAUCUGGACAAGAAGAACGAAACCAUUACCAUAGCUGGAAAGAGCAUCUUAAAAUGAGUAAAAUUGCAAAGUUUGGUUGCGAAUUGUUGUAAAAUGAGGAAAAUGUAGCCCUGUGGAUUAAGUUCGCAAGAUUUACUCAUUCUAAGACGCUCCUUCUACUGUAGCUGUGGUGUUGGAUUUCCUUCUUCACUUGCCUUGAUCAAAAUUUAGUCUAUAGCUGGAAACACCUUUUAAACGCCAGUGAUAUCAACUAUUUUUGCUUGCGAAUAACCUUGCACGCUUAACUGUUGCUUCCAAUGUAUUCUUUUGAAAAUUUCCAGGAAUGUGGUCACAAUGAAGAUGAGUAUCCACCGAGAUUUUUUUCGGGUGCUGCGAGUGGAUUUUGGUGGGCGUAUAUUACGAUGACUACAGUGGGGUACGAACAUUUCUUAUUAUACUCUGUCUUCGUAAGUAAGCCUAGUACUUGAUGUAAUCUGGCACUGAAAAGACCCGAUGGACGAAAAAACCUGGAAAUCGAAUCCAGUGAAGGAAACCAAGUCACAAAGACAAAAGGAACAAGUUCACUGUUCCAAAUUCCAAAACCUAUUCCACAGACCGUGAAGAUUACCAAAAUAGUUUUUCCUCUAUCAUAUUUUAAUAGACAAUUCCCAUUAUAGACGGCUAAUUUUUAUCUUGCCAAAAAACGUAUAUUCCCGGAAAGAGCACAUACUAAAAUGAGUAAAAUCGCAAAGUUUGGUUGAGAAAUGUUGUAAAAUGCGGAAAAUAUAGCCUUGCAAAGUUUGCAAAUUUUGUAUACUUUUGUAUUGCGUGCGGAAAUUGCUACCACAUUUGGGCUGAAAUAGUAUGCUCUUUCUAGCUGUGGUGAUUUAUUUGCAUCUCUUUGCCUAGUUUUAAAAUUAGUCUAUGGGAAUUGUCUAUUGAUAUUGGAAUAAUAACUGUUCUUUCUUUCGAAUUAGAUACGGUGAUAAAACAGCGCGAACCUUUGCGGGACGCGUGUUUGCUAUCAUCUGGGUAUUAACAGGUCUUUGUAUCUGUUCCUUAUUGAUUGGAACGAUAUCAUCUGCGUUCACGUCAUCCACCACACCACCUGAUUCUAAAGAUAUCAUGAUUUAUGGCUCCAAGGUGAGAAUACUUCUUUUCUGUGUACUACUUACAACACUUUAUAUCCAAUACAACACGUGACAGGUACAGACACAGCCUUUCACACGCCGUCAUUUUUGGGUGGCAACUUUUUUAGAACAACUAGGGAUAGUAAGCAGUGAAAAUGAAACUUUCUAUAACUAUAGUUGUAAGUAUAAUCAUUAUAAGUCGAUUUACAGUUAAAUAUUUGAAAAAGGAUUUUCACAUCGCUUACAUUUUUCACGUUGUUUAUAAAAUAGUACCCAAAAAUGGCGGAUUUAGACCUUCGUGAGAAAGACUAGCCCAACUCGACCCAACGUCGACAUUCCCGACAACUUUACUCUUCCCAACAACUUUAAAACAACUUAAUAUUAAUAUUAACCCAUACCUUAACAUGGCAGUACCCUAGUAUAUAUAUACAUGAACUUGUGGUUAGAGCUCGACAACUGGUCUCUGUAGCUCAGUUGGUUAGAGCGCUGCACCGGAAUCGCAGGGCUGCCGGUUCGAUUCCUACCAGGGACCUAUAGUUGUAUUUUUUGCAGCUAUUUUCUGGUUAGACUUCAAUGAUGGAUUCUUGCACUUCACUUGGUGGAAUUAAUGUUAGAAUGUUAGGGUUUGUAAUCCAAGUGAAUCUCACUUGGAUUACAAACCCUAACAUUCUAACAUAUCUUCCUGGUUAGGUAUAAUAAAUGUAUAUAAAAUUUCCACAAGAUAAUUUCCGUCUACAAAACCUUCAACUCAUGUGAAGUCCGACGUUUGAAACAAUUCUGCAUAAUUUCUCAGGUUGCAGCGUUGCAAGACUCGGCAGAUCAUAGGCUUGGCCUCAGAAGAAAUGCCAAAUUCAACAAAGGUAUGUUUGAAUGCAAAAAUGAAGGAAAGAGGGAUUUGCUCGGAUUAUUAGAAUCAAAACGCUUCAUGCUAAAACUACAAUGAGUGACAUGGACCGGUUAGGCUGAGAUUGUAACAGAAUCCCCCCCGUUCAAUGUUGUUAGACUAAAAUUGGCAUUUCAUUUGAAGUAGUUUUGUGUUGUAUCGCGUUGCUGAUAACUCUCCCAGAACACACAGCAACAUUGAAAUGGGGGAGGGAGUUUUUUGAUGUUAUUUAUGCAAUGGGUGAUUCCAGGUAUAGAUUAUAUUUUGAUCAAGGCAAGAAGAACGAAAUCCAACACCACAGCUAGAAAGAGCGUCUUAGAAUGAGUAAACCUGCAAAGAUUGUUGCUAAAUGUUGUAAAAUGAAGAAAAUAUAAGCCCUAUGAAGUUGGCAAAUUUUGUAUAUAUAUUUGUAUUACGCGCGGUAAAAGUAACCACUUUCGGCUGAAAAAUGCUUAUUUUUCACGCGCGUAAUGCAAAUAUAGCAAAAUUUGCGAACUUCAUGCACAGGGCUAUAUUUUCGUCAUUUUACAACAAUUCGCAACCAAACUUUGCAAUUUUACUCAUUUUAAGAUGCUCUACCAGCUAUGGUAAUGGUUUUCCUUCUUGUCUAGAUCAAAAUUUCCUCCAUAGCUGGAACCAACAUGAAAAUAACUUUCCACUCCAAGUGUCCCACAUUUUAAUGUCACCGAUUGUAGGUAAAAUAAAAUCAAGAAAAAAGGUGUUCAUCAUGCAAGGUGUUCAUCAUCUGAUUCUUUCCUAGAUAACAUAACAUACCACACUCUGGACGAACUCCAAAAGGUCUUACUCAGUGGAGCAGUGGACGGAAUCCUAGUUGAUGCUUAUGUAGCUGAUGCAAGGCAAGAAUUAUUUUCUCAAUUCCUCAUCACGAAAGUGAUUGAUCUCACCUCAAGUUAUGGCGUCGUUAUGGGAACCGAUGCUAAGAAGCUCAGGAAAUGUUUUAAUCAGUUCUGGAAAGUGAAUGCCGCGGCAAGAACCAAUUUUAUUUCAAAUAACUCCAAUCCUGUUGUGGUAAGUAUAUAUAGAUGUUGGCUAUAGUUCCUUUGUUUUAGCCAAAUUUCUGCUUGAUCGCAAGGAGAUUUAUUGAUCAGUAAGCAACUAAGGGCGCUUUCUGGUCUGAUCGGUCAGACCCGAAUUCUUUUCUCUGUAUCAAUGGAAAGAUCUGGUCUAUGUUUCUCAAAUAUCUAGCGAAAAUGGACCUCAUUCUAAUGUUAUCAAAAUUUUCCAGUCAGUAGGUCUGAAGCCCAAAUGUUUUGUGUUUCAUUCUGACCGGUUUGGCCGUGUUAAAGGAAAGCGCCCUAAAUUGACUAUAGUUUAUUAAUGAAAGUUAAUUGGAGUUAAUUGGUAAAUUAUUAUAUUUUUGAUAAGUUAAUGAGUUAAGCAAGUUAAUUAGUCAAGUAACUUUAUAGUUAAUUGGUUAGUUAUUUAGUUGGUUGGUUAGUUAGUUAAUUAUUCAGUUACUCAGUUAGUUUGCUAAUUAGUUGCCCAGGGGCCCCAGCUAAAGGGGCCCCGAAUUAAAAAUUUUCCCCGGGCCGCCGAAUUUCUCUGAGAGGCCCUGAUAGUUACUAUAACUUUAAUUACUAUAAUUACUAAUGUUAAUGAGAUUUGGUAACAGUUAAUUGUAGUUAAGUCAGUUCAUUUGUUAAGAACUUAGUUUGGCUGGUUAACUAGUAAGUUAUAUUUAUUCUAGUUACCUGAGAUAUCUACUGCAGAGCUGGUGGGACAGGCAUACAAUCCUCAAUCAGCUUUAUAUCAAAUCUCACUUUACUCAUGCGCUGUAGCGUUGAUUGUUUUAUUUCUUUGUGGCUGCAUAUAUGAAAUUAUCCGAAGAAAGAGAAGAUCAACGAAAGUAAAUUGUGAGCAAGGUAACACUUUUAAUUCUCUUUACAUACUUGCUAUCCCUUCUAUUUUUAAGUAAUAACGUACCUCUUUUUAUUUGUCGGAUUAUAUUUCGCCUCAGUUGUUUGUGAGAAGUGUGCUUCCAUCCUGACACUACCCAACACUACAGAUUUUUCUUAAAAUGGUCCAGUUUCCUCUUGUUGUAGUCCGAGAUAAAUAAGACAGGAACGUUUACUGAACCUUUAUGGAGAAUAGCCAGAGCUAUCUUGUAUUAAUAAAGUUAGUUUAGGUUACUUUUCUCCUGUUGUAACACUGAAUCAAUAAGAGAAUUGCCGGAGCUAUACCCAGUAUACGUGAAGUUAUUUUAGUUUAGUUUAGGUUUCCUUCUGUAUAGUAACACUGCAGAAGUGAAUAACAGAUGUCCCUUACUGGACCUCUAGAAAGAACAUUUUAGAACUGAUGGAGCUAUCCAGUAUAAAUAAAGUUAAUAGUUUAGUUUAAGCUUCCUCCUGUAGAAACACUGGAUCAAUAAGAGAUGAUCCUUACUGGACCUCUAGGAAGAACGGUAAGUAGAUCUACCUUCUGAGAUCUACCCAGUCUAAGUAAAAUUAGUUCAGUUUACGUUUCCUCCUGUAGCAACACUGCACCAAUUCUAAGAGACUCCCCUUACUGGAUCUCUAGGGAGAACUUGUGGAAGUUAUUAUCCCCAAUUCAAUCCCUUCAACCAAAUGUGAACUUUAAAAUAUCCCUCCCCUCUUGGGGUUUUCUUACAGACACGAUCAUAAGUUGCAGUGAUUUACGAAAUCAAGCAGCAUUGCUCAGCGAAUCAAUUAACAAGAAGAUUUCCGAACUCCAGAGGAAACACAUGAGUGAGAUAGUAGCAUUUUCAAGAUUACAAAGACGUAAAAGACAGAAAGAUAAUGACGGGGGUCAGAUUACAUAACCUGAAACAGAUUGUGAACCGUGAAUUUGACUGGGUAUGUAGAUAAUUAACUUGUCCACAGACUGUAUGCGCUUGUGUACGCGUAAUUCAGUCUGUAACAAACGCACAAGUUGUAACAAACAUGCAGCAGACUUGUAGCAAUGCAGUUCCAACAACUUGUCAACAUGAUGUGUUCGCACUGCUUGUUCUCAGCUUGUUGACAAGUUGUCAACGGCUUGUUGACAACUUGCAAAACAAGGUUGUUGAGCUCAACAGAUUUGUUACAAGUUAUUCCACCAAUUUGUUAUCGUCCUGCAAUUCAACAAUUUGUCAACAUGUUGCGAGUGACAACCUUGUAGCAACUUGAUAAAAUAACAGCAUUGUUACAACUUGUUGACAAGCUUGCUACAAGCCUGUGGCGAGCACAUCUUGUUGACAAGUUGUGAGACUUUACGUGUGUGGUCGAUAAAUAAAUAAUUAAUUAAUUACAUUAAGUUAUGAUCCAAGAUAUAAAAUGUCUAUUAUAAAUAUUGAAUGAACUAAAUGAUAUUUAUGAUUUGUAAUAAGUUUAACCAUAAUGGUAUUGUUAGAAUUAAAGCAUUGGGAAUAAUGCAGAUAAUUAAAUCACUGUAUAAAUACUUUCACUUUCUGUAAAUUUUUAAAUCCGUA